GAAGUUUUGGAGACUUGCCAUAAACGAGGUCUCUCGCCAUGCCAUACGUUCUCUGCUUUCCUUCCUUAAUUCAAGCAUUCAACACAAAGCCAAACCCUUCUCUCCUCUUUCUCCUCCUCUCUCACAAACCCUAAUCAUCGGAACAAUGAGGUGACAGAGAAAGGUAGCCACCAUGGGCAAAAAAAAGUACAAAUUUUUCGAACUAAUCCUCCUCUGCUACCUCCUCUUCUUCCUCCUCAUAGCCACCACUGCCUCCGCCGAUGAUGGCUCCGCCGGUGAUUCUGCCGUCAUGGCUAAAUUGGCUAAAUCUCUUACGCCAACUCCCGCCGGCUGGUCAGGUCCCAACGUAUGUAAAUGGCCUGGCGUUUCAUGUGACUCUUCAGGCAGAGUUUCUUCAAUUAGCCUCAUAUCAAAAUCUGUUGCCGGUGAAUUACCACCAGAUCUUAACCAACUUUCUAAUCUUCAAUCCCUUAAUCUCCAAAGGAAUCGUCUUUAUGGUUCGUUGCCUCCUUUAUCAGACCUUUCUUCUCUUCAAGAAGUUCAUCUUGAUAACAAUAAUUUUACGUCCGUUCCUUCUAAUUUCCUUAAAGGGUUAACGAGUUUAGAACAUUUUAGCAUUGAUGAAAAUCCCAGUCUUCCUCCGUGGACGAUACCUAAUAGUUUAACAGACUCAUCAUCGUUGGCUGAUUUUUCAGCGUCUAAUGCUAAUAUCAUGGGUCAAAUUCCAGAUAUUUUUGGGUCGUUCCCUAGUUUGGAGAAUGUGAGGCUUUCGUAUAAUAACAUAACAGGGUUUUUGCCGGCGUCUUUUGCUAAAUCUGGGAUUAAAAACUUGGUGCUUAAUAAUCAAAAGAAUGGGCUUUCAGGUAGGAUUGAUGUUCUUGGUUCAAUGGAACAGUUGACUCAGGUUUGGAUCCAUGUUAAUAAGUUUUCGGGCCCAAUUCCUGAUCUUUCUCUUUGUACUAAUUUGGUCGAUCUUCAACUACGCGAUAAUACCUUGACCGGGGUGAUUCCUGCUUCUUUAACUUCCCUUCCUAAGUUGGCUAAUGUGUCUUUGCAAAAUAACAUAUUUAUGGGCCCAAUGCCGUUGUUUAAAACAGGUGUUCAGGUGAGUCUUGGGAAUAUGAACCAUUUUUGUAAUCCUAGUCCAGGACCAUGUGAUCCACAGGUAACUGUGUUGCUUGAGGUUGCUGGAGCUGUGGGUUAUCCAAUGAGAGUGGCUGAGUCUUGGGCAGGUAAUAAUCCUUGUAAAGGUUGGGACUUUGUUACAUGUGAUCCUAAGGGUAGUGUGAUUGUAAUCAAUUUUGCUAAACAGAAUUGGGUUGGUACAAUAUCUCCUGCUGCUGCUAAUCUCACUGCUUUGAAACAAUUGGUCAUGAGUGAUAAUAACCUCACUGGUCCUAUUCCAGCUAGCCUCACCAGUUUACCAGAGCUGCAGCUUGUGGAUGUUUCCAACAACAAUAUUUCUGGGAAGAUACCAAAAUUUCGUCCCGAUGUCAUAGUGAAAACAUCUGGUAAUCCAUUUACGGGGAAAGAUUUGCCACCAUUUUCUCCACCCGGAAGUCCUAGUUCGUCUGGUCGGACAGAUAAUCCGUCUUCUCCAACAAUAGGUGCACAUAAAGCUUCUGUCCCUACGUGGGUGAUUGUUGCUAUUGUUAUUGCUGCUAUCAUCUUAAUCCUAGUUUUGUGCUUGGUGAUAUAUAAAUACAAGCGGAAUGGGAAAUCAAAAUUGAGUAAAGUUAAGACAGGCAAGGAGCAAAAACUGAAGAACAAUUCCCCUAAAAAUGUGAAUGGGUAUGGUGCUAUUCCAAGCACGGCCAGUCAAAGUAGUGCUGCAAAUAGUGAAAUCUAUAUAUAUGAUGGUGGGAAUGUAACCAUCCCAGUGGAACUUCUGCGAGAGGCAACAGACAAUUUCAACGAAGAAAAUAUAUUGGGACGUGGCGGUUUUGGGAUUGUUUACAAAGGUAAACUCCAUGAUGGGACAGAGAUUGCUGUGAAGAGGAUGGAAGCAUCUAUAGCUAGUAACAAGGGGCUGAACGAAUUCAAAGCUGAAAUUGAAGUACUCACAAAGGUUAGGCACAGACACUUAGUUGCACUUCAUGGGUUCUGCGUCAAUGGAUAUGAGAGGCUUUUAGUUUAUGAGUACAUGCCACAAGGGACAUUAGGCCAGCACUUGUUUGAUCACGAACAUUUGAGAUUUCCACCUCUCACUUGGAAGCAAAGAUUAAUAAUAGCACUAGAUGUGGCCAGAGGGGUCGAGUAUCUGCAUGGUUUGGCACAACAGAGUUUCAUACAUAGAGAUCUAAAGCCUUCUAACGUACUUCUUGGGGAUGACAUGAGGGCUAAGGUUGCCGAUUUUGGAUUGGUUAAAAAUGCACCUGAUGGGAAGUACUCCGUUGAGACGAAGCUAGCAGGAACUUUUGGGUACCUUGCACCAGAGUAUGCUUCCACUGGAAGAGUGACUACAAAAAUUGAUGUCUUUGCAUUUGGAGUGAUGUUGAUGGAGAUGGUCACUGGCAGAAAAGCACUAGAUGAGAACCUGCCCGAAGACAGAAGUCAUUUAGUCCCUUGGUUUAGAAGGAUGGUAAUGAACAAAGAGAACAUUCGAUACAUUCUAGACCCAUCCGUGGAUCCAGACGAGGAAACUUACCAAAGCAUCUGCAAAGUAGUAGAGCUAGCAGGACAUUGUGCUGCUAGGGAACCAUCUCAGAGACCAGAUAUGGGCCAUGCAGUAAACGUCUUAGCUCCUCUGGUAGAGCAAUGGACUCCAACUGCAUCUAAUGGAGAUGAUAGUUUCAAUAUUGACUUCAAUAUGAGCCUUCCUCAAGCCCUGCAAAGAUGGAGAGCUAAUGAAGAUUCAAUGCUCUCUGAAGACACGUAUGGUGACUAUACCACAUCCUCAAGGACUUCAAAGUCCAUUACAGCACUUACGAAGGUGUAGGAGUGAGAACAGCACGUUUAGUUAUACGAAGGAACACCAGUGGAUUAAAGCGAGCAAUGUAAAGAUACUUAAAUGUGAGGAAGGGACAUGUAUAUUAAUGCCAAGGAACCCAAUGACAUAGAGAGACACACUUUUCUGUCUCAGGUUUUCAUUUUUUCUCUAUCUGAUUAUUCUUACUGUUCAUAACAUCUAGUUUCUGCUUUUGUAACAUAAAAUCUCGGAUCAGGUAGACAUUUGGGUUUAUAGAUUU